CUGAGUACAACAAAACGCAACAUGCGUGAUGCAGCGAGCGAGAGAACGCCCCGUUAUUUACAAAUCAAGAGAAAUACUCCGAGAGUUUGAACUUUCAGAGAUUUAAAACCCCUUUAUUGUACUUCUUAACAUAAUCCCACAAAACGAUAGCUCAAACGUCCACAACAACAGAUUUGGACGAGGAGAGGCGCGACCACAGACUGAGAGCAACAGGCGGCCGCGCUCUGAAGGAGCUGAGAGCAGCGAGUCUGUUUACUCUGUCAUCACAGCCCCGCUACGUCGGAACAUUUUACAUGGAUAAGGUGUUGAGCUGUAAAAACGAGGACCUUGAGGAUUACUAUGGACUAUUGGGAUGUGACGAGCUGUCUUCGACAGAACAGAUUGUCAAUGAGUACAAAAUCAGAGCCCUGGCGUGCCAUCCAGACAAACACUUGGAUAACCCCAGCGCUGUGACAGACUUCCAGAAACUGCAGGAGGCCAAAGAGGUUUUAUGUGAUGAAAACAAAAGAAAGAAUUAUGACCUUUGGAAAAGAAGUGGAGUUGCCAUGACAUUUCAUGACUGGCAAGCUUUGAAAGACUCUGUGAAAACAUCAAUGCACUGGGCAGUAAAAUCAAGAAAGGAACCAAUGCUGGAGCCCUGUAAAUCAGACAUACCCACCUCCUCUGAGAUGAAAGACCAGUUUGACCACGAGGAAGCACAGACCGACAAAAGUCCUCUGACUGAACCUACACGGGAUUAUGAUCAUAUGCGUUUCCGAUGGGACGGUGACUCUCCAUCGAACCUACUGCAGAGGUUUAGAAACUAUGAAAUUUAAAAGUAUGCUGGAAAAAUACUGAUUACUCUUCAAUACAGUGAUACAAUAUUCUUUAUUUAAAUAUUUAUUGCAAAAAAAAAACCCCCAAAAAAAACAUAAAACUGUACCUUAAAUGUAACUGUGUUCAAAUUCAAGGUGACUUUUAGGGACUGUCAUUCUAUUAUGCUCUGUCUAAAUGAUUACUAUAUCGGCUUGUUGUUGAAUAAAUUGUAUCUGAAACAAUA